GAUACGGUCAAGUCAAUGGCUUCUCAACUGGGGAACACAAAUUCUUGGAAAAACCUUUGCAGGCUUGGACUAUAAAUUACACUGUCAAUACACUGAAAAAACCAAGAAAAACUAGCAAUCCCAGCAGUAUACAGAUACAUAAACAGAACCCUUCUUCAACCACUCAGUUCUGUUUGUUCAUAUAUUUCAACCUUCAGCUCCAUUUUUCUUGAGACCUGAGAAAAAUGGCAACUGGAAAACUGCCUGGUACAAAGACCAUAUUAUCUGCGGCCGCCUCUGUUGCUGCAUCAGCAAUGCUUAUCCGAAGCAUUGCCAAUGAAUUCCUCCCCGCUGAAUUCCAACAAUACUACAUUUCCACCAUUCGUAGUUUUCGCAAUCGCCUUUCUUCUCAAUUCACCAUUGUUAUAGAUGAAUACCGAGGGCACAUAAAAAACGAACUGUUUGAGGCCGCAGAUAUGUACUUGGGCACUAUAACCACCCCGUCCACUCAAAGGGUUAAACUGGGGAAGACUGAGAAUGAGAAGAAUCUAGCAAUCACUGUGGAUACAAAUGUGGAGGUUGUGGAUGUUUUUGAAGAUGUCAAUAUCCAAUGGAGGUUGGUUUGUAUAGAGUCGAAGGGUGGUUAUGAAACAGCAGGAGCAGCCUAUGGAAGGCAAAUGAGGGGCGGCCUAAAUACAACUCUCCGAACAGAAAUCAGAUUCUAUGAGUUAAGUUUUGGCAAGAAAUACAAAGAAAAGGUAAUAAAUUCAUACCUGCCAUACAUUUUGGAGAAAGGUAAGAUCAUUCAAGAAGAAGGCAAGGUGAUAAAGCUUUAUACAGUGAGACACCAAUACUGGGAUGCCAAAACAAUCAAAAUAGACCACCCCAUGACUUUCAAGACCCUGACAAUGGAUUCAGAGAUAAAGAAGGCAUUAAUGGAAGAUUUGAAUAAUUAUAUCAAUGGGAAAGAGUUUUACAGAAGAAUUGGAAAGGCUUGGAAACGUGGAUACUUGUUGUAUGGUCCUCCUGGAACGGGCAAGUCAAGCUUGAUUGCAGCUAUGGCUAAUUACCUUAACUACAACAUCUAUGACUUGGAUCUAACAGAUGUCAUGCGUAACUCAGAUCUAAGGAGCUUGUUGCUUGGCAUGUCUAGCAGAUCCAUACUUGUCAUUGAGGAUAUCGACUGCUCUAUCAAGCUGCAAAAUCGAGAAUCUGAAGAUGAAUAUGAAGCACACAACCCCAAAAAUAAGGUGACACUUUCUGGGCUCCUUAAUUUCAUUGAUGGCCUCUGGUCAUGCUGUGGUUCCGAACGCAUCAUUAUUUUCACAACGAAUCACAAAGAUCGACUAGAUCCUGCACUAUUGAGACCCGGUCGUAUGGAUAUGCACAUCCAUAUGACCUACUGCACCUUCUCAGCAUUCAAGCAACUAGCCUUAAAUUAUCUGGGGCUUUAUAAUCACAAUCUCCUUAAGCAGAUUGAAGAGCUCUUGGGCAAGGUUGAGGUCACCCCAGCAGAAGUUGCAGGGGAGCUGAUGAAGACCAGUAAUGCUGAAGUUUCCCUGCAAGGCCUAGUUAAAUUCCUUCACAACAAAAUGAAAGAAAAAGAAGAGAUAAAAACUGAGAAGAAUUCAAAAGCACAUAAUGAAGAAGAGAAUGAAAACGAGAAGACUCUGCAUGCCAAGAACAUGACUUGACUUAUUCUAAAGAGCUCGAAGACAGCGUUUAUAAACCGAGGAUAUAAGGUGAAGGUGAGGAGGAGAAUUUGGGGGUAAACUUCUGUUUGAGUUGUUCUAAAGGUGAUUUAAAAAAGAAAUGAGGAAUAAAUGACAUGGCCAUGAAUGAAGAUUCAUAUAACUUUGCGUCAACGUCAAACUAUCCUAGUAGAUGUAUCAUCUAUUUUUUUUUUUAGUAGAUGUAUCAUCUAAGACCACGUGCUGGUUUUCCUAUCAUUUACGAAAAAUAGGACUCGGUCGUUUUACAUCAA